CCUUCCAGGCUCUUUUGUCCAUGGGAUUUUCUAGGCAAGAGUACUGGUGUGGGGUGCCAUUGCCUUCUUCGACAAACCACAUGAGAGAGUGGUAACCUGAACAUUAGAGUCAGAAGGCUUCUUCUGAUCAAGGAUCAGCUCCUCCGUUUGAGCUUUGUGACUUUGGGCUGUUCACAGAACCUCAGUUUUUUCUUCUGUGUAUUAGAUCCAGUAUUGCCUGUAGCAUAUGUUACCAUUGAUUACUAAAUAAAUGUAAGAUAAGAGAUUGAGUUCACUGGUUUUUAGACACCUGUUUGAUUUUGGUUUGGUUUCCAUUUUAAGCCUUAAAUUUGGGUCCAACUAAGUUUUACUGUUGGCUGCUUCCAAGAAUCUUAUCUUUGUAACAUGUUUAGCAUAGUGCCCAGCAAUGUCAGGUACUACAAAUUAUAAAUAUGAUUACUUUUAUUAAGUCAUCAAAAUAGGCUGUGGACUCCAUCUCCAGUCAAGACAGCAUGAUGACUGGAUGAUGCAUUAGCUACUUUAAAGAGGGCAAAAUUCUUGUGUAUAUGGAAAGUCUUAAUCACACUUAGCCUCUCUGCGUAGAAAUUCUUCAGAUUAGUUUUUUUAAGUUUUAUUAAGAUAUCAGUGACAUAAAAUAAAACUAUACAUGUUAAGAUGUACAGUUUGGUAGGUUUUGUUAUGUGCUAACACCCAUGAAACCAUCACCACCCCCCCCCCAAAUUCCAAAAUGUUCUUUUAUUAUCUUUUCAUCCUGGCCCUUCCCCACCUGUUCCUGUCCCUAGGUAACCCCUGACCUGCUUUCUGUCACUACUGGUUAGUUUUCAUUUUCUAAAAUUUUAUGUAAAUGUACAUCAUACAGUAUGUACUUUUUUUUUGGUAACCUCUUUCAAUGUAGUGAUUUUGAGAUUUAUCUGUGUUACAUAUUUUUAUAAUUUUGGAGCAGUAAUCUUUGAAUAAUUUAUCCUGUUGAUUUGUUUGGUGUCUUCUGUUUUUAUUAUUCGACAGACCUGUGACGAACAGACUUGAGAAAGACCAUUGCUAAAUAUGAAAGCUUGGGGUAGGCGAGAAGUCCUACUGUAUGUGCCUAAACAGAAAUGCUUCAGAGUGGGACUGGUUAAGCCAUUUUAAUCACAGUCUUUCUGAAUUACCCCAACUCUAGUUGGUGUUGUACAAAAAAUGCUUAAUGAUGAAUCCCCUCAUUUUUGUGUGUUUGAGUUAGGGAUGUGGAGAAAAGCUUAGGACAAAUCUGCAUUGUUCUGGUGUUACUUUGCCUUGCUCUUUUUAUUCUUGUAGUCUUAGCUUUUUAAUGGAAAUAUGUGCCAAUUUAAGUUUAAAGCAGUUAUUCAGAAUUUUGAAUAGUAGAAUAGAGGCCAAGUGCCCAAUAUAAAUAGUAAGUUUGAAUACCUGCAUUUUAACAGGAAAAGGUCUGUAUUAUAUUUUGUCUGUCCCUAGACAUCUAAUUUUCUUCUAGACCCUGACCUUUUCUAAGCCACAAAGCAGAACUAGUUCAGAUCUAUAAGGUGCAAAAAUAAAUGGAGGGUAAGCAACAGCUGAUAAGAUACCUUCGGAGUUCAGAUCUGCUACAAUGGCAUCCGAUGACUUUGAUAUAGUGAUUGAGGCCAUGCUGGAGGCUCCCUAUAAAAAAGAGGAGGAUGAGCAGCAAAGGAAAGAGGUUAAAAAGGACAGUCCCAGCAGCAUGACCAACAGCACCAGCAACGUUGGCACCAGUGGCUGUGAUACUGAUGGGAGCAGCGUCACUGACAGGACCAGUGCCACCAAUGGGAAUGGCACGAGUGGGGAGGCAAGCAAGAAGAAGAGGAGCCGGAGCCAUAGCAAAAGCAGGGAGAGAAAACGCAGUCAUAGUCGAGACCGGGAUCGUCACAGGCGGAAAAAUAGUCGGAGCCGAAGUCGAGAUCGGCAGCGUCGCCACCGAAGCCGUAGCUGGGAUCGUCGACAUAGUAGUGAGUCACGAAGUCGAGACUGGCGUCGUGAGGAUCGUGUACACUACAGGAGUCCACCGCUUGCCACUGGGCGUAGGUAUGGACACAGUAAGAGUCCUCAUUUCAGAGAGAAGAGCCCAGUCAGGGAGCCAGUUGAUAACCUGAGUCCAGAGGAGCGGGAUGCCCGCACAGUGUUCUGCAUGCAGUUAGCUGCCCGCAUUCGGCCUCGAGACCUGGAGGACUUUUUCUCUGCUGUUGGCAAGGUUCGAGACGUCCGUAUCAUCUCAGAUCGAAACUCACGUCGGUCUAAAGGCAUUGCCUAUGUAGAAUUCUGUGAGAUCCAGUCUGUGCCGCUGGCCAUUGGGCUGACUGGGCAGCGGCUGCUAGGAGUGCCUAUCAUUGUACAGGCGUCACAGGCUGAGAAAAACCGCCUGGCAGCCAUGGCCAAUAACCUGCAGAAGGGCAGUGGUGGACCAAUGCGCCUUUAUGUGGGCUCCCUACACUUCAAUAUCACCGAGGACAUGCUCCGGGGCAUCUUUGAGCCCUUUGGCAAAAUUGAUAAUAUUGUCUUGAUGAAGGACUCAGAAACAGGUCGCUCCAAAGGUUAUGGUUUUAUUACGUUCUCUGACUCAGAGUGUGCCCGGCUGGCCUUGGAACAGUUGAAUGGCUUUGAGCUUGCUGGUCGACCUAUGAGGAUUGGCCACGUGACCGAGCGACCGGAUGGUGGCACAGACAUCACUUUUCCUGAUGGAGACCAGGAGCUAGACCUGGGAUCAGCAGGUGGACGUUUGCAGCUCAUGGCCAAAUUGGCAGAAGGCUCUGGAAUCCAGCUGCCAACCACCACUGCUGCUGCCGCUGCUGUGGCCCAAGCUGCUGCUGCUCAAGCUGCUGCCCUGCAACUGAAUGGAGCAGUUCCCCUGGGGGCCCUGAACCCAGCAGCUCUGACUGCUCUGAGUCCGGCCCUGAACCUCGCCUCCCAGGCAAUCGCCUCCCAGUGCUUCCAGCUUUCCAGCCUCUUUACCCCCCAAACCAUGUAAAUUAGUGGCUUGGUCUACUGCCUCCCUGUGCCUCUGGGUCCUGCCACUCCCUGCUCCACGUCUACCCUUCCACGGCCCCUUCUCUCCGUUUUGUGGACCAAGCCAUCCUGAGGGCAUGAACACUGAUGGUGGGGGAACUGGGGCCCCCCAUAGACACCAAGAAGGGCUCCUACCCACCACAGCCCCAGUGGGAAUGGACUCUGCUGAUCAAAGCUGCUGGUCGAAGAGAACAGCAUCUACACUUGAGUUGAACAUGUUUGUCUGUGUUCAUCAUCUCCUGGGAUGACCUUCAUUGUCCUUCCCGACCACCUCUUACUGAUUGUUUGUUUCCUACCCCUUUGGAAAGGCCAUAGGGCAUUAACUGAAGGAACUAACUGCUCUCCUCCUUUACCGUUAUCCUGCAAUCUGUCACAGAAAACCCUGGAAACCUCUGGUCUGUGAGGACUUUAGAGUGUGAGGGGUUGAACCUUGCUGCUACAGGGCCCUGGAAGGUAGUGCGGACGUGUGCGUUAGGAAGCCUGCCUUAGACCUCAGCUUGGGGCCAAAACUGCUUUUGUGGGCUCAGGGUCUUGCUGGGAGGUGCGGGAAUAAUCUGCCAGCCAUUUUGGAUGUCUUUGGGGCAUUCAGGAGUUUAAUGAAAGGUAGGGUACCUUUCUGGUACCAUCCAGCUUUGUGUAGUUGUCUUUUCCUUUGGACCAGGGUGGGAGUGUGGAGGGGAGACGACUGCUCUCCACCACUUCCCUGUGCCUCCAGAGACUGGGCUUAAGCCCAGCUGUUAGAGCCACUCUUAUCCCCUUGCUGGACACCCAUGAGCCCUUCUCACUGGAUUUUAUACCCUGUGUCUGUGUACAUAAAUAUAAAUAUAUAUAUAUAUAAACUUUGUACAAAAGGCAUGUCCCACUGUUGUGGUGGCUGCUGCCCAUAUGUGUGUGGUCUCAGUCCAUAGUGUGUCUGUCUGAUAUUAACUUCUGAGCCAGCACCACAAAUGGAUCUCGGGAUAUAAAAUAUUUGUAAUGCCAUCGUGUUUUCUUUCCUUUAAUUUUUAAAAAACCUGAUCUUUUAGAAGAAAAUCAGGCAAGGCACA